AAUUCGAUUUGGAACUAUUUCAAUUGCAUUAUAAAUAAUGAAUAUUUGCCUGUUGAAGUGAAACAGUAUUGUUAUUUUUCGAAACAAAGAAUGGGUGCCAUACUAAGUUCGUUCAUCAAUGUUCCUCUGCGAGUGAUUCGCCGUCUGAGUAUCUGGUAUAAUAUUAGAAAAUUGAAAGCAAUCAAAGUCAAGAAAGCAAAACAACGACUAAUACAACAAUUGGAAGAAAAAGAAAAACUUGGAUAUGUUGUGCCACGCGAUUUUGAUCACGAUCUGGAUGAUGGACAAAAAGGUCGAUUCGACAGCUAUCUUGAUCUGCUGAAAUACCUAUUCCUCAGGCAUCAAUUGCGGUUUUUGUCGGCAUUGAUGAAAGAGAAUACGAAAGAGAAUGACAUUGCCAAACGUCUUUGUUUGUUUUGGAUGGGUGUUAGCUAUACUUUGAUCUAUUUUUACGUUCAGGUAUAUGUGUUUGAAAAAUUUCAGAGCUUGACAUUGUUGUUAGUGAUAGUGAUGGGCAUCGUUACCAUAGUAUUGCCUCAAUUUUCUAGCAAAGCACAAGGGUUUGCAUUGAUUCUGAUUCCUCGCAGUGUGAUGAUUCUAUUGCGCGGUGCCAUUCUCAGUACCAUUGGCUUUCAAAUCCAUGUUGUCACUCGCCAUAAUAUCGAAAAAAACUAUAAAAUAUUAACCGCUUGCAUUAAAUGCAAUAUUCGCAAAACUGGACGCUUCAAAGCAAAAGCGUUCACCUACGGUUUUCGCAAUUCGCAAGGAGAAAAAAGUUUCCGAUUCACUUUCGACAAUCCAUUCAAAGCAUUUCUCGAUUGGAUCAGAUGGUACGCUCAAUCCAUUCAAAAUUUACUCCAACGCAUGAAAGAAUUUAUUUUGAAACCAAUUGAAAAGGUGGCCGAAUGGUUGGUGUGGAUACACAGCUAUGUUCCAAUAUUUUCCAUUCCCAAACUGUUUAUCGAUAACGUUGCCGUUCCCGUCAAGGAUUUCGUAGUGAAUCUGAUGAAAAAAAUUGGCAGAGAAAUUGCCAGUUGGUUCACAGUGAGAUUGCAAUCAAAUUAUCACUACAAUUGGCAAAGUUCCCAGCCAAACAUAACCAUUAAAUCGGUCAUAUUCGAUUCGUUGGGCGAAGUUUACGAGAAACACUCCUAUUUGCAAUAUUUAAUCAGUUUGGUGAAUUACAUGGUCCAUUUCUAUGUAAUAUCGGUGUUUGCAUUGAUAUUCCUUCCACCCCUCUAUUAUAUGUAUCAAUUCAGACGUAGUCGAGAAUUCGACAAUUUCUACAUAACCGACAAAUUGAUUGCCUAUGAUGAAGAAAUGGUGGCCAAAGGCGGACUACAAUCAUUAUUUCCUUUGGGUCUAUUCGAACAAUUCAUGUAUGUUCGACGCACCGAUCCAAUAUUGACGAUCGAAGAAAUGAAUGCUGCAGUCCAAUCGUUCGGCGUCGAUUUUGCUUUAAUGUUUUAUUGCCUCAUGUUCAUAUUGUUCGAUAUAAUGAUGUAUUCGGUGACUGCGCAAGUGGGCAAAAUCUUAUCAUUAAUCUACGAUCUGUUAUUGCCCGAACAAUUUCCUUCCAUUCUACAAUUCAUUAAUAGAACCAAGGCAUCGGGCAAAAAUACUUUUCUCGAUACCGAAACGUUUGUGCUAGAAUAUCGUAAAUUUCGUCUCGAUAUUCGAAAAUGUCUGCCCUCGCCAUCGCAAAUCGAUUGGGAACCGUAUCGGCGACUGGCGGUCUUUUUCUUUUUAUUGUUGCUUUGGAAAUAUAUGCGGCCAUACAUAAGUCGUAGCCGUGGAGCCAUUUGUGCACACCUUUUUCCCAAUACAAGCCAUUCACGUGUUGUCUAUCUCUACAAUAAAAUCUGGUUUCAACGAAUGAUAAAGGAUGCCAUGUAUACCCUCAUGAAUAUCGAAAGCAAUCCAGCAGCUACUAGGCAAUAUUAUGCUCGUCGAAAAGCAAUGCAACAAAUUGAACAAGAAAGACUCAAUAAGGCCCACGGUGGUUUCCACUUCAUGGAUAUGCUGUUGGCUGGUGCAAAUGCUUCACCGUUGCUGAAAUGUAGCCGAUGUCAUCAAGCUUACGAACGCGAAGAAAUGCUGGCUUGUCCAAAUGAGAGAUGCUUGUUUAUAUUAUGCGAGCAAUGCUAUCGAAUUGUCGUCAACAAAAAAGAUGUUUAUUGCGAACUAUGUGGCGAACAUCUUGAAGAAAUGGGCGAUGAAGGUGUUGAAAUCUCCCAAGUGGCAGAUUCGAGCCUGGAUGAAGAACUCGAUUUCUAAAUGCAUGCCCAACACCUAACACCAGCACUCAUUCUCUCUCUCUCUCUCUCUCUCUCUAUUUAU